AUGAAAUUUUCUACUGCUGCUAAAAACAUCGCUGUUGCUUCUUUGAUCGGUACCUCCGUCGUUUCUGCUUUGGCUAAGGACUGUAAUGACAAUGCUGCCACCACUACUCUAACUGGUAACCAUCACCACAAGAGAGCCGUUGCCGUCGAAUACGUUUACGAAACCGUCACUGUCGAUGAAAACGGUAAUGUUAUCGGUCAAGCUGCUGCUGCUCAAACCACCAGUUCCGCUCAAUGGGUUCCACCAACUUCUACUUUGGCUCCAACUACCCAACAACAACAAGCUCAAACCACUUCUACCACUGAACAACAACAACAACAAGCUCAAACCACUUCUACUACUGAACAACAAGAACAAGCUCAAACUACUUCUACCACUGAACAACAACAACAAGCUCAAACUACUUCUACCACUGAGCAACAACAACAAGCUACUUCUUCUACUGCUGCUGCUGCUACUAGCUCUGCUGCUUCCAACUCCGGUUCCAGCUCCAACUCUGGCUCUAGUUCCUCUGGCGGUAUCAUGGGUGACUUGAGCUCUUAUUCUGGUCCAAACCAAAAGUUCCAAGAUGGUACUAUUGCUUGUAGUAGCUUCCCAGCCGGUCAAGGUGUUAUCUCCGUCGACUGGAUGAACCAAAAUGGUUGGUCUGGUAUUGAAAACAGUGACACUUCUACAGGUGGUUCUUGUCAAGAAGGUUCUUACUGUUCUUAUGCCUGUCAACCAGGUAUGUCCAAGACCCAAUGGCCAUCUAAUCAACCAUCUGAUGGUAGAUCUAUUGGUGGUUUGUUGUGUAAGAAUGGUUACUUGUACAGAUCUAACACUGACACCGAUUACUUAUGUGAAUGGGGUAUUGACUCUGCUAUUGUUGUCUCUGAAUUGAGUCAAGGUGUUGCUAUCUGUAGAACCGAUUAUCCAGGUACCGAAAACAUGGAUAUCCCAACUUGGGUUGAUGCUGGUUCUACCGUUCCAUUGACUGUUGUCGACCAAGACAACUACUACGUCUGGCAAGGUCAAAAGACUUCAGCUCAAUACUACGUCAACAACGCUGGUGUUUCUGUUGAAGAUGGUUGUGUUUGGGGUACUGCAGGUUCUGGUAUUGGUAACUGGGCUCCAUUGAACUUCGGUGCUGGUUACACUAACGGUAUUUCUUACUUGUCCUUGAUCCCAAAUCCAAACAACAAACAAGCUGCUAACUUCAAUGUCAAGAUCGUUGCUGCUGAUUCUAACUCUGUCGUCAACGGUGAAUGUUACUACGAAAACGGUUCUUACAGCGGUGGUUCUGAUGGUUGUACUGUUGCAGUAACCAAGGGUCAAGCUAAAUUCGUCUUAUACUAA